CAACCGUGACCCAUUCCUUUCUUUCAACACCUUCCCAUCCUUUCCCCUUAUCCGCACAUAGACUGUUGACGACAUGCUAUGCCAAACAUACAGGCCGGUACUGUUUUUGGCACUGUCGGUCAUUGUUCGCCUUGCCGAAACUUCAUUGGCGCCGAGCCCGCGAUGGGGUCAAGCCGCCGCUAUAGUGAAUAACAGAUUUUGCUUUCACGGUGGCAAAACUGGGGCUAUUGGCGUAAAUGAAACAACUGCUAAAAACACCAACGAUUUACUGCUUUUGAACUCAAUUCACAGUAUAUCUACACAGUCAGCUCCAUGGGCUUUAGGGUCGCUUGACGGACCGACCACGUCUUAUCAAAGUGCGGUUCCUGGAGGGCAAGACAACGUAUACUUGAUUGUAUAUGGUGGACAGCCCGCGAAUGGCGCGCUUAACAACACGUCAAAUUCUACAUUAUACUAUUACAACACGCUCACAGACUCUUGGUUCCAGCCUAAAGUUGAUAGCCCUUCACGUAGAAUAGAGCACACUAUGACAACCAACACAGACAGCGGAUCUGCAUAUCUGUUUGGAGGAUAUCCCCUCACAAAUGACCUUUGGUCUUUAGACACCAUAGCUAUGCAAUGGCAACAACUUCCUAACCAAACAUUCACUCCUUCUCCUCGCUACCACCACACUACCACACUACUGGCGGACGGUCGCAUGGUCGUAGUAGGUGGAUUUGACGGCAAUAAUACCGUUAAUAUGACGGAUAUCUAUACAUUUGACACCAACUCAUUACAAUGGUCAUAUACCAAAGCGACCGGUAGUAUACCAGCGUCACGUCGAGAUCAUGCUGCGACAGCUUUACCUGACGGUAACAGCCUCCUCAUACACGGAGGCACCAACAAGCAGUACACGUCCUUCAUGUCUGAUAUUGCCAUCUUGAAUUGUACGACCUUUGAUUCGUGUAUAUGGCAAACGCCUCCCAACCCUAGUCCACCCGCUGGUCGCUAUGCUCAUACGGCUACACUCAUAGAUAAUUUUAUAAUCAUUGCCUUUGGUUUUACCGCCAAAGAAACCGGCGAUUCGAAUAUUUAUAUUUACGAUCUCAAAAAGUUUGCUUGGGUUAAGAGUUAUCAACCUGUCACGUCGGUGGCACCGGGUCCUACUAGUCCGAGCCCCGUAGACACGACAACUUCCAGUACCUCUUCUACAGCAAGCGCAACAACUGUCUCUGAUAUAUCAUCACCACCUCCAUCAUCGCCUUCACCAGGUACAACAGCUGGCGUCACCAUCGGAAGUAUCGCUGGAGUAGCUGCUGUUGGAGCAUUGAUAGUCGUAUUCUACAGACGACGCAAAGAUAGACGAAAUAGUAGUAAUCCUCCCAGCCAUUUCAACCGACACAAUCCCUCACCUGCGCCAUCUGACAUUUCAGACAACGAUACCACCCCACCACAAAACCGCUUCUCCAUGAUAUUUUCAGGACGAGAUUCAACGAAUACGCAACGCUACAGCUGGCAUCCAAACCAAUAUACACGCCCACCAACCAUGGUCAGCAGCUAUGCCCGACACAAUCGAGCGUCCUUGCUGUCCCAUCCAGGUACAAUGUACAACAAUCAAAGAUAUAGCGUCAACAACAUAAGUAACAUCUUCGAAGCCCCUGAAGAUUUCCGUGGAGUCGAUGUAGGCAAUAGUUACUUUAUGCCACGUAAAGAGCUCUUUGUUGUAAAUGCUGAUUCUGAUAGUAAACGGUCCGUAACGCCGUAUUAAUGAUUAUUAAAAUACUGAAAACCUAGUAUUAUAUGAUCUUGCUGUAUGGAGUUUGCGUCAGCGACGAGAUCUGAAAGUGUAAACAA